AAGUUCAAUGAAUCCUUUUUCUGUUUUUACUUUUGUCUCAAAGACAAAAGUCGUACUCUCCACGCUUAUCAUUAUUUCCUUUCACCAGUCCAAUUAGCCAGGAAUCACUCCUCUUCCUAAAAGCUCACAGGUCCCAGGGUUUCGUCCACCAUCUAUCCCAAUGGCUUUCUCGGAGUUCAAGCCGCUGGACGAGAAGUCCCUGAUCGAAUACAUAAAGUCCGUACCCUCCCUCUCCUCUAAGAUCGGAAGUAACCUCGACGACGUCACAGUUAAAGAGGUCGGAGAUGGUAACCUCAAUUUUGUGUACAUCGUCCUCGGUCCCGCCGGUUCUCUUGUCAUCAAACAGGCUCUUCCAUAUAUACGUUGUAUAGGGGAAUCUUGGCCUAUGACGAAGGAACGGGCAUAUUUUGAGGCACUAGCUCUGAGAGAGCAUGGUCAAUUUAGUCCAGAGCAUGUGCCUGAAGUUUAUCAUUUUGAUCGUACUAUGUCUUUGAUUGGCAUGCGCUACUUUGAGCCUCCACAUAUAAUCCUGAGAAAAGGAUUGAUUGCUGGGAUUGAGUACCCCUUUCUGGCAGAACACAUGUCAGAAUACAUGGCAAGGACUCUUUAUUUCACAUCCCUUCUUUAUCGUACCACUACGGAUCACAAACAUGCUGUUGCUAAAUUUUGCGGGAAUGUGGAGAUGUGCAGGCUCACCGAGCAGGUGGUUUUUUCUGACCCGUACAAGGUUUCUGAAUAUAACCGUUGGACUUCCCCUUAUCUUGAUGGUGAUGCUGAGGCUGUUCGGGAGGAUAAUAUUUUGAAAAUUGAAGUUGCUGAGUUGAAAUCCAAGUUCUGUGAAAGAGCCCAGGCACUUGUACACGGAGAUCUCCACACUGGUUCUAUCAUGGUUACUCAUGAGUCGACUCAAGUUAUAGAUCCUGAAUUUGCAUUUUAUGGGCCUAUGGGUUUUGACAUUGGAGCAUUUCUGGGAAACUUGAUUUUGGCUUUCUUUGCACAAGAUGGACAUGCUGAUCAAGUGAAUGACAGAAAAACAUAUAAGGAGUGGAUUUUGAGGACAAUUGAAGAGGUUUGGAAUCUAUUCCACAAGAAAUUCAUUGCACUUUGGGAUGAGCACAAGGAUGGUUCUGGUGAGGCAUAUCUUCCUGCAAUAUAUAACAAUCCAGAGCUUCAGCAGCUUGCACAAAAGAAAUUUAUGGAGGAUUUGUUCCAUGACACCCUUGGAUUUGGUGCUGCCAAAAUGAUAAGGAGAAUUGUUGGUGUAGCACAUGUUGAGGAUUUUGAAUCAAUCACUGAUGCUAGGAAACGAGCGAAUUGUGAACACCGGGCUCUUGAAGUAGCGAAGUUGCUUCUCAUGGAACGGAGGAACUUCCAGGCCAUUACUGAAGUUGUUUCGGCCAUUAAAAAACUCUAGUCUGACAAAGUUUUGGGUGAAUGAUAGUUUGCUUGAGUAUCCGUCAAGAGACUUUCCAGAUGUUUGUAUUAAAUGAACUGUUGCCAUGUCUAUUGUAAUGUCAACCUCAACAAAGA